CGCCUCUCUGUCCUCCCCCCACGCCGCCGCAAAACCCUAGCGCCCCCGCAGCCGCAGCAGCGCGCCUCUUCCUUCCGCAGGAUGGCGACCUCGACGGCGCGCACGGUGAAGGACGUGAACCCCCACGACUUCGUUAAGGCCUACUCCGCCCACCUCAAGCGCUCCGGCAAGAUGGAGCUCCCAGAGUGGGUUGACAUCGUCAAGACUGCAAGGUUCAAGGAGCUCCCGCCUUAUGACCCUGACUGGUACUACACCCGUGCUGCCUCCAUUGCAAGGAAGAUCUACCUGAGGCAGGGCAUUGGUGUGGGCGGCUUUCAGAAGAUCUAUGGUGGGCGCCAGAGGAACGGCUCCCGGCCUCCGCACUUCUGCAAGAGCAGUGGUGCCAUUUGUCGGAACAUCCUUCAGCAGUUGCAGAAGAUGGGCAUAAUUGAUGUUGACCCCAAGGGCGGAAGGCUCAUCACCUCUGUGGGAAGGCGUGAUCUUGACCAAGUUGCUGGAAGAGUUGCUGUUGUCCCCUGAGCAUGUUAUAUCCUGUCGUUCAUGUCAUGUUUGGUAGCAGAGUUUGUCUAAAAUUUUGGAUGAGGGUAUCACCUGUUGCAUUUGUUGGCCGAAAGAAUUGGAUGUAGGAUGCAUCAAGUUAUGCCUUUGUUUCAUAUUUUCUGAACUAAGUUAGCUAUCUGUUAUGCAUAUGUAUAUGAACUCAUAGCGAUGACUGGUGCUGUCAGGUGGUUAUGGAAGUCUGCAAUUAUAUCCCUUUGUUAGUAAUCACAUCAGACUCAUUGAUUGCUAUAUAUCGAAGUGAUCUGAUUGUUCGUAUGGCA